UAAAAGUGCAAUAAGAGUCAUUUGAGAUUUGGCUAGUAGGCGGAAAUAAACAUGUGGGCAAUAAACUUGGUGGGCUAAAGUAAAUAACAAGAGCGUUGGGUUUGGUUAUGAUACGAUAUUAGAACAAUUAUUUCCGCGAAUAUCGUGUUUGUCCUCAGCUGACCCAUGUUACACUGCCUCUUCCCUGCUUCAGAGUAAUGGAGUCUGUGUACAGGAGGUUUGACUCGUAUGACUUUUACAGCGAUGCUCGAUUUCAAGACGGUCUGAAGAAAGUAAACACACCAGCAUCUAAAGAAGAUUUGCUGAAACUAAAGAUCUUCUUUUAUAACAGGUUUGUUGAACCAAUUCACCUGAGUGGUUAUAAGGAGUGGUGUGCUCUACCUGAUAGAUCACACCAGGUUCCCGAGGAGAUCCGUGUUCAAUAUGACUUUGGCACAAGUGAUUCUGAGAAAAUGAUUCUUCCCCAGACAGAUGUCGAGGCCGAGUCAGCACAAAACGUCCAACUCUCUUUUGCAGAAGUGUUUCGAAUGAUUCAAGCAGGAGAAGAGAUUCCUGGACUCCAAAAGCUGGACAUCAAACCUUGUAACCAACUUCCCACAUCAUCGCAAAUGACAAGGAAGUUAAAACCUUGGGAGAAGUAACUAAAAGCGGAAUCACGGAAUAAUGAACCGGGUGGUAAAAUGUUGGCAAUGAAAAAUUGUUUGCCUUUCCUAGCCGUGUGUUCUUUGUGUUAAUUUAAUGUAUAUAUUAAGUAAUAAAGUUUUAAUUGUAAAA